CGGCGGGGCGCACAUCACGUGACUGAACUUGGUUGCUAGGCAAGAGCUGCCCCUGGUUACCAGCGCCCAUAAUGCAACGGGACAGCUCCGGGAGAAAGAUGGGGGUCAGCAAACAGGUUCCAUCUGAUAAUGAAAACAGAAACACCAUUUUAUUCAAUGUGUCGAAGAAUGAGGCCGGAGGCUACAAAUCUUUCCAGAAAAGACUGAGGAGCACUUGGAAAAUACAAAGUCUGAAAGAUGACAUUACUGCAGAGAAAAUGACGGGUGUGAAGCUCUGGAUCACCACAGGUCCCAGGGAGAAGUUCACAGCCGCAGAGUUUGAAGCUCUGAAGCAGUACAUGGAGAAAGGAGGUUGCAUUCUAGUGAUGCUGGGCGAAGGAGGAGAGUCCAAAUAUGACACCAAUGUGAACUUCUUGUUGGAGGAGUAUGGCAUCAUGGUGAACACAGAUUCUGUUGUACGGAAUGUUUACUACAAGUAUUUCCACCCUAAGGAGGCACUCAUCUCCAAUGGAGUGUUAAAUCGGGAAAUAAGCAGAGCGGCUGGGAAGAGUGUUCUUACAGUAAUGGAUGAUGAGAGUGGAGGCAACAAUACACAGGCCCUGACAUUUGUGUAUCCAUAUGGCGCUACACUUAACGUCAUGAAGCCAGCAGUGGCUGUUCUGUCCACAGGAUCAAUCUGCUUCCCACUAAACAGGCCCAUCAUGGCGUUCUACCAGUCAAAGGAACAUGGGGGUAAACUGGCCGUGAUGGGAUCCUGUCAUAUGUUCAAUGAUCAGUAUCUGGACAAAGAGGAAAAUGGAAAGAUUCUGGAUGUUCUCAUGCAGUGGCUCACUACUAAUGACAUCCAGCUAAACCAGAUUGAUGCUGAAGCCCCUGAGAUCUCAGAUUAUACCAUGCUGCCUGACAGCAACAAGUUAUCUCAGCGCUUGCGCGUCUGUCUGCAAGAAGGGGAUGAGAAUCCUCGGGAUUUCACGACACUGUUUGACAUGAGCAUCUACCAGCUGGACACCGCAUCUUUGUCCAAAGUCAUCAAAGCCUAUGAACAACUCAAUGUGAAGCAUGAGACUCUGCAGCUUAUUCAGCCACAGCUUGAGACUCCACUCCCUGCACUGCAGCCUGCAGUGUUUCCCCCAUCAUUUCGGGAGCUGCCUCCUCCAGCUUUGGACUUGUUCGACUUAGACGAGAAUUUCUCUUCUGAAAAAUCCCGUCUAGCGCAAAUUACCAACCGAUGCACAGACGACGACCUUGAGUUUUAUGUGCGGAAGUGUGGCGAUAUCUUGGGCGUAACUGGAAACCUACCAAAGGAGAAACAAGAUGCCAAACACAUUCUGGAACACAUUUUCUUCCAGGUUGUCGAAUUCAAGAAACUUAAUCAGGAACAUGACAUGGACACUAGUGAAACUGGCUUCCAGAGCAGCUGAGGCCCACCAUGUAACUCAUCUGACCAUGCUCCAAAUGAAGAGUCAUUUACAUAUUUAUUUUUUUAUUUCCUAUUGAUUGACUGUAAAUAUUUUUGUAA